AUGAGCGACGUAAUUUGGCACGAGUUUACGUACAAGGGCUCUCAUACAUCCAACAGAUGCCGCAGCCGUGAAGCUGGGAGAUCCGGUGAGGAAGGCGAUUGGAGCGCGCGCAGCUUCAUACCGGGGCCCCGUUACACGGCAACGGCAGCGGGGGCAGACGAAACCGGUGAAUCGUCGCAGGUCAAGGUCGUACGGGUCAACGGCAAUCCAAUCAAGCUGCUCACGUAUCCGCGGCCGCCGGCUAAGGGCGGCAUUCUCAUCACGACUGAGGACCUGUGCUGUCUGGAUACGGGAGAGUUCCUGAAUGACGUCAUCAUUGACUUCUACAUCAGGUUAGUACAGAUGCUGGAGUCUGUUGUUCGUACGCUUCAGUGGAAACCGGCCCCGGAUUUCUGA